AUGUCGAGCCGUAGAUGGAAACUGACAAUUUCGCAGAAGAUUAAAUCUCUCUCGCGGUCUACAGCCGCUCAUCAGGCGCCAGGCUCGAACGUCACUCAUCAGCCCCGCAACCUCGAUCCCACCCAACAUCCAUUUGCCCAAUCCAGGGAGUAUACACGUGCCCUAAACGCUGUGAAACUGGAGCGUAUGUUCGCUGCCCCGUUCGUCGGGCAGCUAGGUCAAGGACAUGUUGAUGGUGUCUAUACCCUGGCAAAGGAUCCCGGGUCAUUGCAACGCCUUGCUAGUGGAAGUGGAGAUGGAGUCGUGAAAAUCUGGGAUCUCACAAGUCGCGAAGAGGUGUGGCAGACACGUGCACAUGAGAACAUAGUCAAGGCUACCUGCUGGACUCCAGAUCGGAAGUUGUUGUCAUGCGGAGGAGAUAGAACCGUGAAGGUUUGGGAUCCCUACAGCGCCGAAAGCAAAGCUCCUCUUCUUGCGACGUAUCUAGGUCAAGCCGGCUUCACAAGCCUAUCACACCAUCGUAGCCAAUCCUCUUUUGCCGCUUCGUCGGCCUCUAUCUCGAUCUAUGAUUUGAAUCGACCUUCCUCCGCCCCAACGCAAACCUUACAAUGGCCGACUUCUACUGACACUAUCAAUGCUGUUUCAUUCAAUCAGAUCGAAACGUCUAUCCUUGCUUCGACCGCUCUCGAUCGUGCCGUUGUAUUGUAUGACCUCCGAACCUCUUCAGCAUUGUCUAAAGUGGUUCUGAGACUUGCAUCCAAUGCCCUUUCCUGGAAUCCAAUGGAAGCGUUCAAUUUUGCUGUUGCGAAUGAGGACCACAAUAUCUAUAUCUUUGAUAUGAGACGGCUCGAUCGCUCCUUGAAUGUUCUGAAAGACCACGUUGCUGCAGUGAUGGAUGUCGACUUCAGCCCCACUGGUGAAGAAUUGGUAAGCGCCUCAUAUGACAGGACGAUACGGCUGUGGAACCGCGAUCGGGGUCAUUCUCGUGAUAUCUACCAUACUAAGCGCAUGCAAAGAGCUUUCGCUGUGCUGUAUAGUCCUGACAACCAGUACGUUAUUUCUGGCUCGGAUGACGGCAACGUUCGGCUCUGGCGUGCCAAUGCCUCUAGCAGGAGUGGUGUCAAGUCUGCACGUCAACGGCAGAAGCGCGAGUACGACGAUGCUCUUGUGCGUCGAUAUGCCCACAUGCCUGAGGUUCGAAGGAUCAAACGUCACAGGCAUAUUCCCAAAAGGAUUAAAAAGGCUGCCGAUAUCAAGGGUGAAGAAUUGAAAUCGCUAAAACGAAAGGGAGAAAACGUUAGAAAGCACAGCAAGAAAGGAUCGAUGCCUCGACAAAGCGAAAGGGAAAAAAUGGUUCUUGGAAUUGAGAAAUGA